AUGCGUCUCGCUUUCCUUCUCUUCGCUGCAUUUGCGGCCACGCUUACGUUAAGUCUCACGACAUCCAACGCCAAUGACAUCACUACAAAAGAAGCUUUAAACACUAAUACUACGACUAUCAAACAAGAUGACAAGAUUCUGUCUUCACGCAAGAAUGAAGGAGUGGAGGAAGAACGAGUUCUUGGAUUGGAAACGAUCAAAACUUUCUUUAAUACGAAAGUUAUGUCGUUAAUCAAUCGUCUACGAGCAUGGUUUGGACGUACCUUUCGCUUUAAAAAAAGGGACACGGGGACAAGUUUCAACUCGCUUCCAACUUCUUCAUCCAGUCCAAAGAUUUCUGUCGCUGAUGUGAAAGUGAGCAACAAGAAGUCGCAAGUGCAAGAUGGUAGUAAAUUGCUAUCGAAGGAUGUUUCAACAAAGUGGGUAGGAAAAUCGACACGUGGGGAUAACGUGGACACGUCACCACAACAUGCUCAAAAGUUGCCUUCUACCUCAAUAGAAUCCACUUCAGGCGUUAACAAUGUACAUACGCCACAGAUCAAGAUGAGGGAGUCACAAGUGGAAUCAAAAGUCCCACAAUCUCUGCCGAUGAAGAAAACUGAUGCACAAGGGGAGAUAAAACCCCAUAUAACUGUCAAAAAUAGGUUACCGUCAUUUGACACCAUAAAAGCCCAAUUAAACGAUCUCAAAGAACAAACGCCUCCGCUCAGCGCUCCGAUGAGGAUGGAAAGAGUUGACUCAAACGUGAAGAUGAAAGCUCCGCCAGUUCCACCGUCUAACGUCCCACUGAAGAUGAAAGCUCCGCCAGUUCCACCGUCUAACGUCCCACUGAAGAUGAAAGCUCCGCAAGUUCCACCGUCUAACGUCCCACUGAAGAUGAAUGCUGAUCAACAAGUGCAUAAUAUACAAACGCCCCCUCAUGAAGUUCUACCGUCUGUAAGUAAAAUUGACCCACAAGUGGAAACGAGAUUCCCACAGUCUCCUGGCCAGUCGCUCAAAUCCAGUAAAGAUUCAAAGCAUGACAUACCUCCUACAUAUUAUUCCUCAUCUCCCGUCGAGAAACCGAAGGAGACAACUCAUAAGGUGAACGGAGACGUAGUGUCGACAGACAGUUUGCCACAAGCACCGCCUCAGAAUUCUGAUAGUAAGAUAAAACAUUCUGCUGAAGAUUCGACGAAGAAUGUCGGAAAGCAAAAGUGGGGAACAUCGAUCAAGAAAUUUUUCCAAUUCCUUAAGAAAUUGGCCGAACAACCCUCGAAGGCUAAAGCCGAUCUGUCGACAAAUUCUCAACACAAGGCCGAAUAUCUAAAUGUUCAAAAACAGUCGGUAACAAAUGAAGCUGAUCCAGUGAAGCAGCAAAAGGUCGUGGAAGCCACUGACGAGCUGAACAAAUUAGGUUCUAAAACGUCAAAAAAAUCAUCAUCAUGGUCCAUACGUGCUCCUUGGUCUCAAUAG